AUGUUCUAUCUCGGUUGUACCCCAUGCCUCCGGGCUUUGAUUGUCACUCUUCUCGCUCUUGGGUCAGUCAAUGCCGUGCCCACCCGCCGUGACAAUGGCCUGCCGGCGGUGUCACCAAUUCCUCAACAAAUCUCCUCCUCUGGAAAGGGUGUCUCACUUUCUGGUGGAGCUGUAACUAUCGUUACAGGGAAUGCUACAGAUUCGGCCACUAUUGAUGCAAUCAAGGCAAUUGUUUCUUCUGCUGGAGGAAAUGCCGUUGUCUCAACGAAACCCACCGGUCAUGGCACACAGAUAGUCAUUGGCACCGAGUCCGAGAACCAAGUUGCUGCUGCCAUCGCAAAGGCUCUUACUGGUAACUCUGCGGAUGGACUUGUUGCCGAUGGUUAUGUCCUCGCAUCUGGCGACUACAAAGGUCAGCCGAGUAUUGUCCUCAACGGUGUAGACAAGCGUGGCACUUUCUACGCGGCACAGACCCUUCGUCAACUUGGUAGCGGCCACAAUAUCCCGGGCGUCAAGAUUCGCGACUGGCCGCUCAUGUCAAUUCGUGGUUCUAUCGAGGGCUUCUAUGGUGAGCCAUGGUCUCACCAAGCACGUCUGGACCAAUUCGUCUUUUACGGAAAACACAAAAUGAACACCUACAUCUACACGCCCAAGGAUGAUCCACUGCUCCGUGCGGACUGGCGCACACUUUACACAGGUGACAACCUUACUCAGCUCCAGGAGCUCAUUGAAACUGCCAACACAAAUCACGUCGACUUUACCUUUGCUCUCUCGCCCGGCCUGGACUUGUGCUACUCCUCCGAUGAAGACUUCAAUGCUACCAUUACAAAGUUCGACCAAGCCCGCAAUCUCGGCGUUCAGAGCUUUUACAUUGCUUUCGACGACAUCCCUACCGAAUUCCACUGUGAUUCGGACAAGGCCAAGUGGGUCGACACGGGCAACUGGCACUGGCUUGCCGAUGCCCAGGCCUACUAUCUGAAUCGUAUCCAGGAAGAAUAUGUGGUUCCUCACGGCCUCAAAGAUCUCGAAAACGUACCGACUAACUAUGCGGGCAGCCAGCCAGACCCUUACAAGGAGGAAUUCGGUACUAUGCUGAACAAGAAUAUCAGCAUUCAAUGGACCGGCGAAGGCGUUUUCAGUGACCAGAUCAACGACACGAGUGUGCAGCAGGCGGACUCGACUUAUGUCACCGACAAACUGUUCUUAUGGGACAAUUUCCCCGUGAAUGAUGGAAAUCGGAACCGGCUGUUCCUCAACCCGCUGACUGGCCGUUCCCCAGACUUGUACAAGUAUCUUCUCGGUUUCACCUCGAACCCAAUGGAACAGGCAUACGCCUCCAUGCCCGCUCUCGCCAACUACGGAGACUACAUGUGGAACGGGCCAAAGUACAACGCGGAUGACUCCAUGGCCGCGAUUCUAUGGGAACUUUCCGGCAGUGACAAGACCGUCCACAACGCCCUCCUCGCAUUCGUCGACAUUAACCAAAACUGGCCCUAUCGCACACCCGAGGUGUAUUCGCCUCAGCUAAGCAGCGACAUCGCCGCAUUCUGGGCCGCUCGAAAGGCCAAGCACGGAGGUGGUCACGGAGCAUCAGCGCUGAUCAACCGCCUCGCCCUUCUCACCACGCUUCCCGACAUUCUCCCACGCAUGGCGAUGAAAGGCUUCGCUGAUGAUGUAGCGCCCUGGUCGACUCUUGCUAUGCAAUGGGCAAAGGCUUGCCAGCAUUUGAUUUCCAUGAUCGACGCCGUUGACGGCGGAAACAAGGCAAAGGCUGAGAGCGAGUUCAACGCUGCGCAAAGCUGGGUCAAUAAGACCAAGGCUAAGACUGUUAAUGACCGUAAUGAUGAUGGUCAGGAGCUUCCUAACUCGAUCACCCCGAUUACUGGUGAUGGGUCGUUUGAUACGUUUUUGGCUAAUGCGACGACUAUUUAUAAGAGUCGGUGA